AUGGCUGCAGUAUGGAAUGAAGCCGUAUUCUCUGCCCGGAGGAAACAGGACGAUGAAGAAGAGACAACCAGGAGUAGCAUUUUUACGUAUACAAACAGCAACAACACACGCGGGCCAUUUGAAGGUCCUAAUUACCAUAUUGCACCAAGAUGGGUCUACAACUUUACCACACUGUGGAUGUUGUUCGUUGUUGUGGCCUCUGUGUUCACUAAUGGAUUAGUAUUGGUGGCCACGUUUAAAUUCAAGAAGCUGAGACAUCCUCUGAACUGGAUCUUGGUCAAUCUGGCUAUUGCCGAUCUUGGGGAGACAGUCAUUGCCAGCACCAUCAGUGUCAUUAACCAGAUAUUUGGCUACUUCAUCCUCGGUCACCCACUGUGUGUUAUAGAAGGUUACACUGUCUCUGUCUGCGGUAUCACUGCCCUCUGGUCUUUAACCAUUAUUGCCUGGGAAAGAUGGUUUGUUGUCUGCAAGCCUUUCGGUAAUAUUAAGUUUGAUGGCAAACUGGCAUUUGGCGGCAUCUUGUUUUCAUGGUUAUGGUCAGCGGCAUGGUGCGCCCCACCUAUAUUUGGAUGGAGCAGAUACUGGCCUCAUGGACUGAAGACAUCUUGUGGGCCAGAUGUGUUUAGUGGGAACUCUGACCCAGGAGUCCAGUCCUACAUGAUGGUUCUCAUGGUUACUUGCUGUAUUAUUCCACUUUCAGUCAUCAUCCUGUGCUACAUACAAGUCUGGUGGGCAAUUAGAAAGGUUGCCAUGCAACAGAAAGAGUCAGAAUCUACCCAGAAGGCUGAAAAGGAAGUUUCUAGAAUGGUGGUGGUGAUGAUCAUGGCAUAUAUCUUAUGUUGGGGACCAUAUACAUUUUUUGCUUGCUUCGCUGCUGCUAACCCCGGAUACUCCUUCCACCCACUGGCUGCAUCAUUGCCUGCCUUCUUUGCCAAGGGUGCCACUAUAUAUAACCCGGUUAUCUAUGUUUUUAUGAAUAGACAGUUUCGGAAUUGUAUUUUACAACUGUUUGGUAAAAAAGUUGAUGAUGGGUCCGAAUUAUCUUCUACUUCUCGGACGGAGGUGUCUUCAGUUUCCAACUCUUCGGUGUCACCUGCAUAA